AUGAGCUAUGCAUCGGGCGCAUACAAUGGUACUGUAGUUGCUGGUGGCAAUGGGCAAGGAACACUGACCAACCAGCUGUCCAAUCCAUGUGCCGUUUAUUUUGAUUCAUCAUCAAACAGCUUGUUGAUUGCCAACAGUGGUGCUCACACUAUUGUUCGCUGGGUUAUUGGCUCCAGUGGUUGGACACUUGUUGCUGGAGUUGCUGGUAAUUAUGGCAGUACAACAUGGAUGUUGUCCUAUCCUCAAGGUCUCACACUCGAUUCGACGGGUAACAUUUAUGUAGCCGACUCAGGCAAUCAUCGUGUCCAGUUUUUUCUUUCUGGUCAAAAAAACGGAACAACUAUUGCAGGUGUUACAAGUGCAUCAGGCAGUUUAUCUAAUUUACUUUCAAAUCCACAUUCACUACUACUCGACCAACAAUUGAAUCUUUAUGUGUCGGACAGCUCCAACCAUCGAAUACAAAUGUUCGUUCGAUACUAA